AACAAAAAACAAAACAAAAAAACCAUAAAAUAAUAAGAAUAUAUCUAUAAAAAAAAAAUAACAAAAAAAAACUAACAUUAGUAGAGUGUAAAUGUAUUUUAAACAAGAAGUUCUUUAGUUUCGUUAACGCCACACACACACCGACACACACCCACACACAAACACCAACACAAGCAAACAACCCGCCCAGCCACGCCCAUGUUUAAGUUAAUGGGCCUGGCAUGGUAUGGCCGUCGUGGAAGCAUCCCAAAGUUUAUGAGUUUUGUUUUUUGAAAAUUUAUUUUAUGCUUUGUAAAUAAUUACGUACACCGUUGCCUUGACUUUGACAUUGUCUUUGUGUAUGUUUCGUAGUGCUGAAGAAAUACAGUUACAAGCCAAAUACUAAUACGAAUACUAACCCUAAAGAACUAAGAUUAAACAAGCAAACAAAACUAACCAACUAACUAACAAAACUAAGAGUUAACCAAAUGCGAAAUAAUUGUCUUAACUAUCCCUUCCCGCCCACUCUCUCUCUCUCUCAAAACCAACCAAAAACUCGAUUCGAUUUCGAUUCGUUUCGAAUCUCCAAUACAAAUCGUUAUCGUAAUCGUACUCGUACUCGUACUCGUCCUCGUACCGUUAUCUCUCACGUAACCACCACUCAACCAAAAACCACCAAAAACCACCAAAAACCACCAUCAACCAUGAUAUCACCACAAUCAAAAACCGAAAAUACAAACGAAUUCCCGAACCGAACCGUACCGAACCGAAUCAAGAAUGAGAAAAAUCAAAUUAUGAAAUCAAACGUUUGGUUACGUUUGGUUUGGUACGACUACCAGCUGCAGUGGGAUGAGGCCGACUACGGCGGCAUCGGGGUGCUCCGUCUGCCCCCCGACAAGGUUUGGAAGCCGGACAUUGUGCUCUUCAAUAACGCCGAUGGCAACUACGAGGUCCGCUACAAGUCCAACGUGCUCAUCUAUCCCACUGGCGAGGUGCUGUGGGUGCCGCCGGCCAUCUACCAGAGCUCCUGCACCAUCGAUGUCACCUACUUCCCCUUCGACCAGCAGACCUGCAUCAUGAAGUUCGGCUCGUGGACCUUCAACGGCGACCAGGUGUCGCUGGCCCUCUACAACAACAAGAACUUUGUCGAUCUAUCCGAUUACUGGAAGUCGGGCACCUGGGACAUCAUCGAGGUGCCCGCGUACCUCAAUGUCUACGACGGGGACAGCACCCAUCCCACCGAGACGGACAUCACCUUCUAUAUCAUCAUUCGGCGCAAGACCCUCUUCUACACGGUCAAUUUGAUCCUGCCCACGGUGCUGAUUUCCUUCCUCUGUGUGCUGGUCUUCUAUCUGCCAGCCGAGGCGGGCGAAAAGGUAACCCUUGGCAUUAGUAUUCUCCUGUCACUGGUUGUGUUCCUGUUGCUCGUGUCGAAAAUUCUGCCGCCCACAUCGCUGGUGCUGCCACUGAUCGCCAAGUAUCUGCUGUUCACCUUCAUCAUGAACACGGUCUCCAUUCUGGUGACGGUGAUCAUCAUCAACUGGAACUUCCGCGGUCCGCGCACCCACCGCAUGCCCAUGUACAUACGCUCGGUGUUUCUGCACUAUCUGCCGGCGCUGCUGUUCAUGAAGCGUCCGAGGAAGACCCGCCUCCGCUGGAUGAUGGAAAUGCCGGGCAUGAGCAUGCCCGCACACCCGCAUCCCUCGUACGGCUCGCCGGCAGAGCUGCCCAAGCAUAUCAGCGCCAUCGGUGGCAAGCAGUCCAAAAUGGAGGUCAUGGAGCUGUCCGACUUGCAUCAUCCGAACUGCAAGAUCAACCGGAAGGUCAACAGCGGUGCCGAGCUGGGCCUAGGCGACGGCUGCCGUCGCGAGAGCGAGUCCUCCGACUCCAUUCUGCUCUCGCCCGAGGCGAGCAAGGCCACCGAGGCGGUUGAGUUCAUAGCCGAACAUUUGCGCAACGAGGAUCUCUACAUACAGACCCGCGAGGAUUGGAAGUACGUGGCCAUGGUGAUCGAUCGCCUGCAGUUGUACAUCUUCUUUAUUGUGACAACGGCCGGCACGGUUGGCAUUCUCAUGGAUGCCCCACAUAUCUUCGAGUACGUCGAUCAGGAUCGCAUCAUCGAGAUCUACAGGGGAAAGUAAGGAGGCAUUUAGCUCGGCUCGGGGACGGGCCAAAUUGAAAAUGGUUAACAGCAUUGCAAACGCAACAAUAAUAAGCAAAAGACAAGACAAGAGAAGAGAAAAACAAUGAGAAAAUUGCAACAAUUAAAGCGGAUUUUUAGAAUUUACUAAUUAAACGAAAACGAAAACUAAACGAAUAAUGGCUUGAGCAAAAUUACACACUAAUACAACUAACUAACGUAAACGUAAGCGUUAAAGAACACACACACACACCCACACAAACACACACAGACGAAGUGGCACUCUGUGGGGAGGGGAGGGAGUACGCGUACACUAACUAAAAACUAAAACUAAAACUAAAACUAAAUGCAAAUAGUUAUUCAACCAGCAAGAACAAAUGUUUAACAAUUAAAUCAAAACAACAACCUAGUGGAAUUGUGCGUAACUUUAUAAUUUUAAUAACGAAAAUUAGCUAAUAUACAUAUAUACUAAAAUCUAGACGGAGAGUUUAAGUUUAAGUGCAAUAAUACACGCAAGGGUGGAGUGGAUGUGUUGUUUUUUUUUUCGAGAACUUUGUUAUGUUGAAGUCACCCUAAACUUAAGUAAAACAAUUUUACAUUUAAGCAAAAGGAAAAUCACACAGAAUUUCACAAUUUGUAAAUGCUUCACAAUCGAUCACAGCUCCAGCUACCAUAAGGAGAGCCCCCCUCACCCCAAAACAAACAAAAAAAAACCAAACGAAAAGCCAAUAAAAAUGCAAAGUUAAUUAAUAGAGA